AUGUCAUCUCCUCCACCAUCAAUGGAAUCCCUUAUCCUCCAGCUCCACGACAUCUCCGCCGUCAAAUUCGGCAAUUUCAAGCUGAAAUCGGGCAUCUACUCCCCUAUCUACAUCGACCUCCGCCUCAUCGUCUCCUACCCGGCGCUGCUCCGCCAAAUCUCCCAGACCCUCGUUGCCACCCUUCAUUCCUCCACCCGUUACGAAGUCGUCUGUGGCGUUCCUUACACCGCCCUCCCCAUAGCCACCUGCAUUUCCCUCUCUUCCAACAUUCCCAUGGUCAUGCGCCGCAAGGAGGUCAAGGACUACGGGACAGCCAAGGCUAUUGAGGGGGCCUUCGAUCAGAAUCAAGUUUGUCUCAUUGUCGAGGAUCUCGUUACCAGCGGUACGUCCGUUCUUGAGACGGCGGCGCCGCUUCGUAAGGCCGGGCUGAAGGUCACGGAUGCCGUUGUUAUGAUUGACAGGGAACAAGGAGGGAGGGAAAACUUGGCAGAGAACGGCAUCACACUUCACGCAAUGGUGAAGUUGAGUGACAUGGUGAGGAUAUUGAAGGAGAAGGGGAGAGUAUCAGAGGAGACAGAGAAGAUGGUUAUGAAGUUCUUGGAGGAGAAUCGAAAGGUGUCAGUUCCCUUGGCGCCAGUAUCUGAGAAGAAAAUUGGAGUUAGAAUUCCAUUUGUAGAGAGGAUGAAGAUGGCAAAAAAUCCAACUGGUAAAAAGUUGUUUGAGAUAAUGGUGCAGAAAGAAUCAAACUUGUGCCUGGCUGCUGAUGUCUCUACUGCUGCAGAGUUGCUUGAUAUUGCAGAGAGGGUUGGACCUGAGAUCUGCAUGUUAAAAACUCAUGUGGAUAUCUUGCCCGAUUUCACUCAUGAUUUUGGAUCUAAACUUCGUUCGAUUGCAGAGAAACAUAACUUCUUGAUAUUUGAAGACAGGAAGUUUGCUGAUAUUGGGAAUACAGUCACUAUGCAGUAUGAAGGGGGUAUUUUCCGCAUAUUGGAUUGGGCAGAUAUUAUAAAUGCCCAUAUAAUUUCAGGACCAGGAAUUGUUGAUGGCCUAAAACUAAAGGGUUUGUCUCGAGGCCGAGGCCUGUUGCUGCUUGCUGAAAUGAGUUCCUCUGGUAACCUUGCCAAGGGCGAUUACACUGCUGCAGCAGUGAAAAUAGCUGAAGAUCAUCCUGAUUUUGUUAUUGGCUUUAUAUCUGUCAAUCCAGCUUCAUGGUCUAGUGGACCAGGAAACCCAUCCCUGAUUCAUGCAACUCCUGGUGUGCAGAUGAUUAAAGGUGGAGAUGCUCUGGGCCAACAAUACAACACUCCACAUUCUGUCAUUUCGGAGAGAGGCAGUGACAUCAUUAUUGUUGGGCGUGGAAUUAUUAAAGCAGCAAACCCUGCCGAUGCAGCUAGAGAAUAUCGGCUUCAAGGAUGGGACGCGUACUUGCUGAGUUGCAAGUAA